AUGAGUAUAAAACGGAGUGGAAAUUUUGGAGAGAAUUACAGUUUCUUCAAAAGUUCGUAUUGUCUAAAAAUGUUCCUCAAAUUUUUCAUUCUUCUCCUCGUUACCAUCUUCUCAAUUGCCACGUGUCAGUACUACGGUGGAUAUCCGGUAGCAUCUGGUGGGUAUUACGGUAAUGGGAUCUACGGAGGAAAUGCGUACGGUGGAUACGGUGGAUAUGGAUAUCCAGGACAGUAUUACGGUGGAUUCGAAUACGGUAGUCCUUAUGGUUAUGUUGGAAAAAGAAGCAGUGGAUUUGGACCAACGAAAAAGAAUGAUUGA